AUGUGUAACAUGGAUGGAGAUUCCCUCGUGAAACAAACGUUUAAUCCUUCGGAAGAAAUUGCUGAACCCACCAGUGGGCCAUUCAAAUACAGGAUAGAUCCAAAAACUAUCCAAUUGACGGAAAGCCCUCUCGACGACUACCAAAGAACAGUAUUUGCAACAUUACUCUCCCAGAACCAACCUAUCGACAUAUCCAUAGCAGAUAUAUCUUAUAAGUCAAACCUCAUCGAGAAGAUUCGUAACCUACCAUAUGCCAGUAGUCUGUAUAACAAAGAGAGACAGAAUACCACCAAUAAGCUCUCAACCAAACAUCCUAGUGAAGAGACACUUCCAAAGGAAAAGAGGGACAAGUCCAAACACAUGAAGAAAAUCCUAAGAUGCUCCGAGUAUCUAUUACCAGACAUAUGUAGCUGUGAAGAAAACAACAAAGGAGGCAAACAUACAAUCGACCUGUGUGACUCCCUGGACAGUGAUACAAGGAGGCACCUGGCACUAAAACCCAAUACUCCGCAAAUUUUAAUGGGCGACGUUGAACUGGACAUAGAAGAAAGAACAGAACCAAGCUCGUAUAAGAACAAUGUUGUUGGGAACAAAACUCAAACAGAAGUAACCCACGAGGACAGCGAAGGCAAUAACCCUAGUGGGUACACUAAUGGGCUCAAAUCCGAUAACGUACAGUCGCACGCCAAAAUAGCACGUAAGCUUAUCAACCCCAAUAAUGGGAUAAUACUUUCUGCCGAAACCAGCUACGUCUUCUUAACGGGAAUAUGGAGGUUGUAUGAAGACAUAAUGUUUGGGCUUCUUCAUAUCAAUCGACACGGUAACACGCCUAAUAGCACAGCUCAAGCUGUUUGUCGACGGGAGUUGGACAUUGUCCUCCACAACAUAUUGUUUUCUUCGCGCACGAGUGCAAGUAGGAAAGAAAAAGGCACACAGUUCAACUCAAUCAAGGACUCAGCAAGUUUCCAGAGUAGCACAAAGAGCGACUAUCCUCUGGGAGCAGGGCAGUACGACGAAUUUCACUGGGCCAAUUUCCCGUUGAGUCUAAGGCAACAUUUGUUCGAUCAGUAUAUGGAUAAAAUUAUUCAUUUCGAUGGAGUACCAAAAAAAUUGACAACCUUUGUGGAAGAUAUGGAUAUUAUUCAUAGGGUUAGAGGCGGAUUUACUCAUAUCCAGGGUACAUGGGCACCCGUUGAAGUAGCACGAUCAUUAUGUUCUAUGUUUUGUUUCCCGAUAAGGUAUUUUUUGGUCCCCAUAUUUGGACCUGAUUUUCCUUCCGAUUGUGAGCAGCAGUUUUUGAGUCGACACGACGAAAUGCUGUUUAUUAACAAACUCAGCUACAGUUCCGCAAUUCCGCAGAAUAGUUCUGUUCGAGGUUACGACGGAUCCAUACAAAAGCCCCCGACACAUCAUCCUAAGCCUUUAAAAAUUAAACAAUUGUACAAGUUUCCAAGACGGCAAUCUAAAAGCUUUUAUUGGGAGAAUGAGUUUGAGAAAUCAAAGGGAAGGUCCCCAGUGAAAGAUAGUUCAAAUAAAGCCUCCCUAUCAUCAAAAGAUAUAAAAAACAAUUCCAUGACGACAAUAUCAAGCAAAGAUGAGCGCAGCAUUCCUACGUCUCUUCGCCCUUUGGAUAGAACAGUCUAUUCUCAAGAAACGUUCAGGCCACACGGAAUAUCUGAGACAAAUCCAUACCAAAAUGCACCACAGAGCACGUAUGCUCCAUUUUUUUAUAGCCAGGAACAGCAGAUUCUGCAUUACCAACCACAAGUCUAUGGGUCAGUUGGGUUAUCACCCCAACAAUCAUCGUGCAAUCCUGGAGUGUAUCCAUUGUUCAGUGAGGAACCUGUAAACACUGUCCAAAGUACGCCUGUUCAGUGUUUUCCGAUGGCAGGUAGGCAGCACGGAUGGCAUCAUCAGGAGAAUUUGAUGCCAGUAACGAUGCCAACUCUUUUAGUACAGCCAAACAAUAAUCAGACAAUCAACAUGGCCGCUGCAAAUCCCUAUCCCCAGACUAUGCCAAAUAUAAGUGGCUCAGGGGCAUUUAUGGGUAACAUUUUACCUCCGAUAAUGUAUAGUCCCAAUCGAGUUGAGUGUCAGUCACGAUGCCGGCCUCCAAUCCACACUGUAAACCAUGCUGCACUUAGAAUACCUGUCGCAGUUCCACCAUUGGAAGCCAUACGAACCUAUGGAGUUGAAAACCAUCCCAGACAUUUCAAUUACGCUAUGGGGUCUAGGCCGCCUUUUGAGGCUAAUCGCACAGCUAAAAUUGGUUCACAGAACCCUGUCCUUGAGGAUUGUAGCGAGCACCAUAAGUUCCGAGACAGUUAA